AGAUUAUUUCGUGAAAUUGCCACAUAUAAAGUAACCACCAUGAAUUUGUCGGACAAUGAAGCUGACGACACAUCUAGCGUAGACAGCACAUCAAACACCGACAACACUUCCAGAAGUGAGACUCCAACUAACACCCGUGGCAAGAAACGGAGACGCGGGAAAAAGAAAACCGUCACAAAGCCAGUGAAACCACCAUACAAGUUCAAUUGUAGUGCCAAAGAAGACCAUGGCCAGCCACUGUUUGGUUGUCAAUUCAACCACCACCUGGGGGAGGAUGAGCCGCAGGUGUUCGCGGUGGUGGGCAGCAACCGAGUCUCCAUCUAUGAGUGCCCGGAGGCUGGAGGAGUUAAAUUGCUUCAGUGUUAUGCAGAUCCUGAUGUGGACGAAACCUUCUACACAUGUGCCUGGUCUUACGAAGAGGAAACAGGGCUACCACUGCUGGCGGUGGCGGGGUCGCGCGGGGUCGUACGCGUCUUCAAGCCCUCCACGCACACCUGCAUCAAGCACUAUAUCGGCCACGGACACGCUAUUAACGAGGUCAAGUUCCACCCCAAGGACCCUAACCUACUGUUGUCCGCGAGCAAGGACCACGCCCUUCGACUAUGGAACAUCAAUACCGACGUGUGCAUCGCGAUCUUCGGCGGCGUCGAGGGGCACCGCGACGAGGUGCUGAGCGCGGACUUCGACCUGGCGGGCGAGCGCAUCAUGUCCUGCGGCAUGGACCACUCGCUCAAGCUGUGGCGGCUCGACAAGCCCUCCAUGCACGAGGCCAUCAAGCAGAGCUACUCGUUCAACCCACACCGCGCCCUCAGACCGUUCAAUUCGCUGAAAGAACACUUUCCCGAUUUCUCGACGAGGGACAUACACAGGAAUUAUGUGGAUUGCGUCAGAUGGAUGGGUGAUCUGAUUUUGUCAAAGUCGUGCGAGAACGCGAUAAUCUGCUGGAAGCCGGGCCGGCUGGAGGACGCGGAGCCGCGGCCGGGCGACAGCUCCGUCACGCUCGUGCACCGCUUCGACUACAAGGAGUGCGAGAUCUGGUUCAUACGCUUCGCUGUCGACUAUAGUCAGCGGGUGAUCGCGCUCGGCAACCAGUGCGGCAAGACGAUGGUGUGGGAGCUCGGCAACGUGGCGGGCGGCUCGCGAGUGACGCAGCUGCAGCACCCGCGCUGCGUGGCUGCCGUGCGACAGGUGACGUUAUCGCGUAACGGCAAAGUGCUGGUAGCGUGUUGCGACGACGGCACCAUUUGGAGGUGGGACCGGGUCAACAACAAUUAAUUAAGCGACCUGAAACUCUCCGCGAACGAGCGCGGAACUGGACUGCAUCAGCUGAGCUGAUCUCAACUUGAUA